AUGGAAAAGUCAGUUCAGAUACCGAAGAUGCUGCUUUCGGAUCUACCUUCCGAUAUCAUAUAUGUGAUCGCAAAGUAUCUUCCGUCUCUCAAGUCUUUAGUUGCACUAGCACAAACCUGUCACCGUCUGCAUGCUAUCAUUGCCGCUGAAAACUGGCGAAUAUUGCAUGCCCAUCUGAAGACCCGAUUCCCCUUUGUUGACACGCCACCUUUCUGGAAAGACACGACUCAAGCGCUUACUGCACGCGCCCGAGCUCUGGAAAGGCAUGGGCUGCUUUGUCGCCAUGUCUUCCCGCGGCGUGAUGCUAUCAAGAUUGGGCUCCAUGCAGGCACCCGGCAGGAUAAUCCCACGCACGGGUAUCGCCCUGCGAUUGAUUCAUACGAAGUCUGGAAUGGUAGUUCAUGGUCAGACCGAAAGGAAGUGCUCGUCUGGGGUGCGGCUGAUGAGCUACUCUUGCGUAUACGGCAGUCUGGUUCACACCCGGGAGAGAAGUGGGUUGUGUUCAAUGAUGUGAAGAAGAUUAGCAGCUAUCAUGACAUCUGUGGUGUACAUCUUCUCAAGCCAGAGAUUCAUAGCCAACAGUCCAGCGAGGAUGAACACAUGAUCUUCGGCCGUUUGAAUGGUGAUCUGUUCCAUCUCGCCAUUUCUCCAGACAAAGCGAGCCGCAAAUACCACCAGCAAUUUUUAACCGAGGGCCAUGGUCUCGAGCGCACGGAACUGAGUGAAGGUACAGAACCCAUUCUGGCCGCACAUCUAAAUAACGGCUCCAUUGCAUUAUACCAGACGACGAAAGAGGAAGCAGAAGUACAGCCGUUCGCAUAUUGUGAGAUUGCUGGAGAUGGUACAGCCCGGAACAAAUGUUCCAAAUUCCUGUCUUCUGACUGUAUCGCAUUCGGGACAGGGAGCCUUGAAAGCUCCUUGACUGUUGCCACUAUAUCAACUGAACGAGUAUCCCUGGAACGCGAGAUUGAAGUGACAUCUCUUGAUCUCGAGGAAAGGAUUGGGCUGUCUCAGAAGGCCAAUGUUAGCGCGAUCGCACCCUUGAAUGCCCACUUCACUAUGGAAUCACCGGGCCAAGUGUUUCUGGCGGCUUGGGGUGAUCGCUGCGUUAGGCUGCAUGAUCGACGCUCGCAUCAGCCAUUCGAGUUCACAUACCAAGACACAGUCGACACAAACCCUAUCUACUGUGUCCAUCCGUUUGGCCAGGACCGAUUCAUAGCCGGAGCAGGGGGCGACGCGGUCGUCAAAAUCUACGAUCUUCGCAUGGAGAGUGCUUUCAGCUACCUCAACGCAAAGCUUCCCUAUCCCUCAAAUCACAACUCACAUCACUCCACGAACGGACCUAUCCCCCACACUAACGGCUUCAGAAACACCGUCACAUAUCCAUGCAAGGACUUCACAAUCUUCCUAUCUCCCACCCCCACUGGCCGCGGGAACUCGACCGCGGCGCGAUCGCGCGUGCGCCAGUACCGCGGACCAGUUUAUACCAUGUCCUCCCCCUCCCCAAUCUCCUCAACCGUCUACACGGGCAUCGUCGACGGUGUGAUGCGGCUCGAUUUCGCGUCCUCCGAUGACCUGACUGGUUCUUGUCAAGACUGGUAUCGGGACUAUCUUGGCUUAGGUGCUGACUUGGUUCGUCCUGCAUCGCAGGCUGAUCGCGUUCUGGAGUUGUCGGGCUAUGAGCGUUUGGAUUCCACUAGUGCGUCCAGAUUGAGGUCUCAGAUGCCGUUUGGUCGGAUAGGACCCGACGAUAUCGAGAACGAGAAACAGACUGGUUGGGAUAGACGAUGGCAGCGAUUAGGGCCGUCGGCUCCUUGGAGACGCACAGAUGGUUAG